AUGUGCGCCGCCCAAAGCAGUGCGGUGCACCUCGAGCCACGUGUGGGGCCGGGCCGUAGUUCGGUAACGACACGCAUGGGCGUCACCGGUGCCGCGUGGGCAGCCGCCGGCAGCUGUGGGCGCGGCCACCGCCGCCCACGCCGAGGCCGGCGGCUGGGACUGAAUGCGCGACCCGGCGACGAAGGGACGACGCGGCGAAGUCGGGACAUCUUACGAGAGGGUGGCUACUUCGGGCCGUGGCAGACGUGCAAGGAGCUGCAGUACAACCGCGAGAUCUGCGGCAAAGACGUGUCCCGCUUCCACCCAGUCGAUGCCGUCUACUUCGCGGGGGUGGUGGCGGCAAUCGGCGUGGCGUCGCUGGGCGUCUUCUGCGUGAUGAGCGUGCUGCAGAUGGCGAUGGUGGCGUCCAAGGACCAGAUCUGCAUGCCCUACAGCGCCGUCGUCAUCGCCAAACUGGCGCUCGCUCUCCUUGCCACACUUCUGGCGAUUGCUGCUGCCGGACUGUUUGCUCUGCAAACAGACCGCAAAGAUAGCUUCAGGGUCACCAGGGGGGAGUCAUUUUACAUACAGAUUGUUACAAUCGUGCUAGACUUCGCCCUGUUUGUGCUAGCUCUGUAUGAUAUGAUCUUCACACGAAGAGCUGGAGGUGACCCAACAAUGACUAAUCAGGAUCCUAGAGGGGAUGCUGCCACUACUUUUAACAACCCAGGCUUCCGUGAAAGUCGAAAUAGAGCACCAAUUUCAAUGACAGAUGCAAGUGGAAAACCAUAUUCUCAGUCACCACCAAUUGCCAGUAAUGGUAGUGUGCAAUCAGUGACCACAACUUCAUCCAAUGGUUCCACCAUAGGUUCGGGACCAAGGAGCCCACUGAGGUCAAGUCUGAAGAAGCCAAGGCCCAAACAAGAUGGAAUGGGAAUUCAAAAUCCAGGGUUUAGUGGACACUCACCAACAUUUUCAAGAAAUGGAAGUGUUAAAAAGACAGUCCGCAUCCAAACACAUAGCACAGCAGUGUGAGUUAAUUAAUAUUAUGCAAAAAAGCAUUUCCACACAAUAAGGAAAACUGUCGCUGAAGACACUAAUGUGCUUAGCAAGAUGUGUUACACUUUUGAGACAUCUUAACUGAUUUUGAACAAAUGUGAUGACUUAACAGUGAUAGAUGUGAAAUGAUUGUAAUGACAAAGUUAAAUUUUCUGUACUGUAAGCAAAGUUUUUGCACGUUAAAAUCCACAUAAAUUGUUUCAGUAUUAGCACAUUUCCCAUUCUAUGUGUGACAUUGGUCUAGGAGUAAAAAGACAUUUUAUUUUUGUCAGUGUUUUUACAUUUCUGUAAAACUUUAACAUGCUGAAUAUGUUAAAUUGUUUUCUUCAUGCCAAGCUUAUCUUUUCAUGAUUAUACAUACAAAUAUUUUCUAAUUUAACUAUUCCAGAAAAAUAUUGUAGCAUAUAUAUGAGACGCAUUUCUUCAGUGUAUUGUUUUCCAUUCAGUUAUAUUUGUAGCCCUUAAAUAAAUAAAAGUUCAGAUAAAAUAUAACUAAAAAGGAAACUGUAAGAAGUGGCACUUCUGAGUAAAUGUUAGGGGCUGAUAUUAGCUCCUGGAGGAUAAAAAUCAUCCAUUCAUUAUGUUUAAAAGCAAAAGGCUCAUGUGUGAGAAAAUGUUGUGGAGCAUUAUUUUAGUACUUGUUGUCUUAUCAUAAUCAACUGAUAAUUUCUGUAAUACUAACACUUGUAACCAAAAUGAACUUUUUUUUUUUUUGGCACACCAUAUUAUUUCUCUUUAUACGGUGCUGGAAGUUUUCAUUUUGUUCCUUCCCAACAUUAUUGAGUAAAAAAUUUAAUACAGCAUAAAUGGAAAGUCUUACUGUAAAAGCAGCUUUCCUUCUAUAAAGUAACUGUUCACUACAUUUGAUAAGGCAUAACAUAAAAUAUGUAUCAGUUAUCUGCAUUCUGGCAGAACAAAUACAAUGACAACAGUCAAACGAAUGAAGAGGACAGUAUCUUCACCACUGUAUUUAGCAUGCUACUUAUCCUCUGUGAGGUAUCGAUAAGCAUGCGCUUGUCUUUUCUAUCAGAUUGAAAGAAUUCAGAGAAACCAUUCCCGAAAGACUGAAUCUGAAUUCUUUCACACAGCCAUUUUCUCUCAUUGUGUGAAGUCCAUAUAACUUAUGUUCCAAAGACAUUAAAUGUAUUUGCUUUGUAAUAUCAGCAUUAGUAAGAACAAAACUGGAGUCAGUGACAUUAUGUAGCUGAAUGGGGAUCUUAAAAUAUUACUGUUUUAUUGCUUUGUAAAAUAUUUUAAAAUUUGAGGAGUUGUGGUGUAUGCAAAUGUAUUAUAAUGUAUAUAUAACUUCAAUAAAUCCGUCCAUGUUAUCUGCUUCUAAGUUUAUUUUAUAUUGAUUUAUAGGCAAACAGAACUUCUACUGGCAUAAAUUCAGUGGUAGUUGUUUGUUGUUAUGCUGCUUCUGUAGUCAAAAAACGUUAUUCUCAUUAACUGAUAUGCAAUACAUAUUUUUACAGCUUUUAUCUGGAUUCAGUACUGCCUUCCUUUAGUUUUAAUGUUUUUUUCAUGCCCCUUAUGUCAUAUGGUCUGAAGGUGUCCAUAACACUUGUAUGUAAUCUACUUAAAAUGCUUAAAAUGUAUUUGUCUCCUUGAAUGACACCCAUAAGAACAAUUAAUCAAAAAACUAAUUUGCUUGUCAGAAAAGCAGCUUUAGUGGCAAAUGCAGUAUACUACCAAUUUUGUGACUGUGUAAAGUGUACAAUAAAACUGCUACAGUGUUUUUUGAUCAGAUGAGUGCUAUGUUGUAUGGAACACUACAUCACCUCUGACUGACAUUCACUACAGUGUUCAAAGAACCCAUUCCCAAAAGACUGAAUCAAAGUUAUUUCACACAGCCAUUUUCUCCUGUUGUGUGAAGUUCUUUUUCUUUUUUCUAAAAAAAGUGGAUUUAUUUAUUCUGGUGAGAGUUUCUUGUGUUCUGGCAAUGCAAAUGAUGAACUCACUUUCUUUACCAGUGUACGUGCUGCAAACUAUUACACAAUACCUCAAUCAUGUGGUGCUCACAUCU